AUGAGUAAAACUCGAUGGGAAAGCAGAGUCAGAGCCGUUCAACCUCUUAGAUUUCAACUUCUCGAGAUUUGUAGGAGUUUACUUGAUUUGAUGGAAGAUAAUUCAAGAGACAUGGAUACCAAACAUUCAGCAAAGGUACUUUUGAAAAAAAUUAAAACGUUUAAAUUUAUUUGUUCCAUCAUUAUUUGGUACGAUGUAUUGUCAAAGGUCAAUAUAGUGAGUAAAAUGAUGCAGAAUCCAAAUACAGUUGUUAAUGAAUGCCAUAGAGAAAUAAAAAGUCUCAUCAACUACUUCACUGAAAAAAGGUCAGAUGAAAAUUUUGAUGUUUUUGUGAAUGAGGCUAAAGCCGAAGCUGGAAAAAAUGAUGUAGAGCAAACAUUUCUUUCAAUUAGGGAACGGAAGAGAAAGCGUCAAUUUUCAUAUGAAAGUACAGACGAUCCAGUUCUAGAUCCAAAGCGAAAAUUUAAGAUCUGUUUUUAUUUUCAAAUUUUGGAUACAACAGUUNCAUUUCUUUCAAUUAGGGAACGAAAGAGAAAGCGUCAAUUUUCAUAUGAAAGUACAGACGAUCCAGUUCUAGAUCCAAAGCGAAAAUUUAAGAUUAGUUUUUAUUUUCAAAUUUUGGAUACAACAUUUCAAUCCCUACAAAGUCGUUUCGAGAGAUUGAAGCAAUGCAAUGGUUUAUUUGGAUUUUUGAGUGAUUUUCAAAACCUAAAUUCUGAUGAGAUUAAACGAUCGUGCAUAGAUUUGGAUUUGGAUUUGCAAAUUCACCAUGAAGGAAAUGUUUGCAAGGAUAUUGAUGGUCUUGAUUUGUACAAUGAAAUUUCAUCAUACAAAAUCCUUAACCCUGUCAAAGACUCUCGCAAUACCUCAGACUCACCCAUAGAUAUUCUGCAGUCUUUGUUUCCAAACCUGUCUAUAGCAUUAAGGAUAUGA